AUGGGGAUCCAGGAUAAAAUUAACGAGAUAGAGGCUGAGAUGGCCAGGACGCAGAAGAAUAAGAAGACGGAGCACCAUCUCGGGGUUCUCAAGGCAAAGCUUGCAAGAUACAGGCAUGAGCUCGAUGCACCAAAGGCCAAGACUUCCAAGGGAGAGGGAUUUGAGGUUUCGAAGAGUGGGGAUGCACGGGUUGUGUUAAUUGGGUUUCCCAGUGUUGGAAAGUCGACUCUGCUCUCGAAGAUUACAAACACACAUAGCAAGGCAGCAGAACAUGAGUUUACCACUCUGGAGUGCAUAUCCGGCAAGAUGUGUUUGAACGGAACAUGGAUCCAGGUCCUAGAUCUUCCGGGAAUUGUUUCUGGGGCUUCACAGAACAGGGGGAGAGGGAGGCAGGUGAUAAGCAUUGCAAGGACAGCCGACCUGAUAUUGAUGGUUCUCGACCCCCGAAGGUAUGAAGACAAAAAGAUACUUGAAAACGAGCUGCAUGAGAUGGGGAUAAGGCUGAACAAGAAGAAGCCAGACAUAUCGCUUACGUAUACAACGAGCGGGGGAAUUAACAUCGGGGUAGUAUGCCAGCUCACAAGGACGACCGAGGAGACUAUAAGGGCGAUUCUAAGGGAGUACAAGAUCAACAAUUGCCAGAUGUUUGUAAGAGAAGAUGUAUGUGAUGACGACAUUAUAGAUGUUGUUAGUGGGACCUGUGUUUACGUGGAUUGCCUGUAUGUAUACAAUAAGAUAGAUGAGCUUUCUCUAGAGGAUUUUAAUAAAGUUGCAGAGUAUCCUAACAGUACGCCCAUAAGCUGCCAGAAAGGAUGGAAUAUCGACAUGUUGCUCGAGGAUGUAUGGGCUAAGCUAAGGCUCACAAGGGUUUACACGAAGAAGAAGGGGAUGUUCCCCGCUUUAGACGACCCUGUUGUAAUCAGAGAAGGAGGAACGGUGAGGGACCUAUGCGCCCACAUCCACAAGGACUUUCUCCUAAGCUUUAAGCAUGCUUUGGUUUGGGGAACCAGUGCAAAGCAUAGUCCACAGAAAGUUGGGCUUGGACAUACAUUGGAGGACGAAGACGUCGUUCAAAUAUUUCUCAAGUAA